UACACAUUGCUCUUCCUCCUCCUCCUCCUCCUCUCUCUCUGUGGUGAUGGACGGACGCUGUGCUGUUGACACAUGGACACAGUUCGGCUGCACACACGCAUCUUUCUCACCGAGGAUCACGUUCGGUUUAGGGACAGAUGUUUACAUCUGCACAGGCAGCGAUGAAGUCUACGUCUUCAACACUCGAGAGAGAAAAGUAACUGCUGUCCUCCAGUUCCCUGCCCCUGUGAGUGACCUGUCUGAGAGUCAUGACAAACAGCUCCUCUAUGUGUCCUGUGGUAGUGGAGUUUACUGUUUCAGCCCUCUACUUCUGCUGUCCAGGGCUCAAACCUCCCCGGCUGAUGCCUCCUCCCGUCCAGCUGUGCUGAAGAUCUCCUCUGAAUCCCUGGUGGUUGGAGAGGAAGGUGUGUCGUCGCUGCUCCUCGUCGGCUCUGUGCUCCUGAUCCUCUCUCAGAGAGAAACGUCCUGGCUGCUGAGUCUGUACAAAACACAAGCACAGUCCAGCAGCUACGAGCUGCUCAGUUCCUUCAGUCUGCCACUGGUCUCAGCUGGUGCACAGGGUGACACUGAGAGAGCAGGAAUGAGAAGGAGGCCUGUGCUGUCUUGUGUCCACUCUGGCGACCCAUCGUCCACCUUAUCCGACAGUCAUAUCCACCUCAAACCUGUCCUUUUCAAACUUCUCUUUGGGAUUGAUACCGCCCUCGCCAAAUCACCGGUUAUCCUUUUCGGCCUUCCAGAUGGACGCCUGUGUUUCCUCCCUCUGCGUCUCCCAGGAUCACGGCUCCGAGUCCUGCAUAGCCUGGAGCAGCCAGUCGUGUUUGUCGGAGCAUCUGUUGUCAAGGAAACGGAUCCAGGACAUGCGCAAUGUUUGGUGGCAAUGGGGGAACAAGGGAGAGUGGUGCUGAUGAAGGCUAUUAAGGGAGGAUCAGAGGGAGCGGGGAGCACAGCUGGUUUUAUUGAAGGGUGUGUACCGGGGCCUGUGGUGUGUGGCUCUGUGGAUCAACACCAUCUUUACUACAGCACUGGUUCAGACCUGUUGCUGCUGGAUCUGUCAGAGGGAUCAUCUGGGAGAGAAGGACAGGAAAGGGAUGAGGAGACAUCCAGUAAGACACCUGCUGCCCUCCAAAGCCCCACCAGUUUGAAUGUGUGUGGAGUCAUGACCUUGGCUGCACUUGAACACAACACGGCAGGUGGAGUUCAGCUGCUGGGGCUGUCUGUCAGAGGACAGCUCCAGAGGAUUGUCCUACCUGAGGGGCGACAGGACGUAGGGGUGUCCAGUCAGACUUCCUCUCAUGGUGGCCGCAGCGUCAGGGAUCUCCUGUCUGCAAUCGGGGGGGUGUGUGAAAGAGUUUCGGCGCUGAAAACUACCAUCAAAUCCAAAAACCAAAUUCUGCGGCACCUGAAUCAGGUGCUCAACGUCAGCUUCCUGCUGACAGCCAGGACAAAUGCUGAAGAACAUCCACCCGUGCAGGAGAAGCAAAUUCGAUGCCGAGCCAUGACCAGAUGGAGCAGGCUGCUCCAGAAAGACUUCCUGACCCUAACAUGUGUCCUGGAUAAUUCCAGUCCUUAUGUUUUGGAGCAGGGCUGGACACUGAGCGUUACUGUGUUUCCUGUGUCCUACUCACCCAGCGCAGGAGGGGAAAGCUCCUCCACAAAUUUUUCAUUCCCAUUUCACGAUCUCCAUCCAGGGGAAACAUUAGAAGUGUCGCUACCCCUCGCAGCUGCAGGCGACACAUGCUUCCCUUUGAGGGUGGCCUGCUCGCUCAUCUUCUCUCUCUCGAGUCUCCUGGCAGAGGAGGAGAGGACGCACCUCCCCGACCUGCAGAGCGGUUGUAUCAGUUUGCCCUUGGACACACUGACGGUAGAUUGGCUGCACGCUCUGCAGCUGAGCCGUCCCACGACCCAUCCCAUCAACAAAAACUCCACAUGUCAAUCCAGCAACAUCACAACAGAUACCGUCCAAGCUUUUCUAAGCUCACACCGGACUCGGUGUAUCGGAAGAGGAGGAGGAGGAGAGAGUGCAGCGAAGGCUGAGCAGUACUCGGCCAGGUUUCGGGUGUCGUCCGAGCUUCUUGGGGACGCACUGGUGGAAACCUCAGAUCCUCAAAAUCUGUGCAUUGCUCUUCUGGACUGGCUGUUGUCUGAAGGUCCAGGAGGAGGGAGGACGGGACAACAAGGAGACAAGUCGUCACUGAGCAGCUCUGUUGUCCAAGCUCGAGGUCCAAAUGGAGAAACGGUCAAACUGAGUGCUAAAGAGGUGAACAUAGGGGAGGAGAGCUCGGGGAAGGAGGAGUCCCUGAGCACGAUAGAAGUUCAGGUAGACAGUUCAUCUAUUGCAGCAGUGUGUGGACUGCACCAUGCUGUGUUGCACCGGAUACAGGCUCUGCUGCAGAGAGCUCCUGAGAGCACUGCUUCCACAAAGAGGGUCCUGAGCUCAGGUUUGAGACGGGCACUUCAGCGGGCCGAGCGCCUGUUACCGCAGAUCCAGCAAAGUCGAAUCUCGGGGGUGUUUGGCGACGGGACGUCCACGGGGCAGAUGACCCGAUCUCUUCUCGCCAUUUAUCAAGAACUCAGAGAAAACCCUCUCCUUAUAAUAUAACAUGUUUGU